GCUGCCAGGUGCUCGCCCGCGUCAGCUCUUUGCAUUGGUCCGAUUGCAUGGCAGGAACCCACUCCGUCUUCCUCGACACCGGCCUCGCGAUGCUGUUCGUCGUCCACUGCGUCGUGCUCCUCUGGGCGCUGAACCGGUGCUGCCGAGCACAAGCCUCGUCCCGCGUCGCCGUCGGGGAGCACGCGGAGGAAGGCGGCGGCGGGGCCGACGGCCUUUCGGCCGACCAGGUCGGCGAGCUGCCGUGCCACAAGUGCAAGGAGGGCUCUGGCGGCGGCGAGUGCGCGGUGUGCCUGGAGGCCUUCCGCGCGGGCGACCGGUGCAAGGUGCUGCCGGGUUGCGAGCACGGGUUCCACGCCGAGUGCGUGGACUCGUGGCUGCGCAAGAGCCGCCGGUGCCCCAUCUGCCGCGCCGUGGUGGUGGCCGCGCGUGGCAAGAACGCCGGCGAGGUGGAGGCGGCCACCGCCCUGGAGAUCGUUACCCAAAGAUAGCUAGGCUGCCUUUUCCACGUCACGGGUAUCAUGGCAAGAAACGCCGUAAUGUUUGAUUGUUUGGUGUUGCCUUAGGCCAUUCUCAAUACCAGUUUUAUGAACAAUAAAUGAGGUGUUAUGUAGGCAAUUGUGAUGACAUGGCACCCUAUUUAUGACGUAAGAGAAGAAAUUAGUUUCAUGGGGAUGAAACCAUGUGUACACGAUUUUCAAAAGGCUUGUAUCUUGCAUGUAACCUUGGAAACAACAAAAGAUGAAACAAUGCAUUG